AUCAAACUCAACGUACAUCAAAUUUAAAUCAAACUAUAUUUUUAUUCAGAUUUACCUUAUAAAAACAACAUAAAAGUAGCAGAUCAAAUUACUAGAAAUAAAUAAUAGAAAAAAAUGCCUCAAACAAUACAAGAAAUAAGUGUAACUAUAUCGGAAGAAUUAACAUUGACCCCUUUGGCUGGGGCAUCUCUGGUAAACGAAAUUAUAAAAGGCCUUUUAUACCAAAAAUGCCAAAUACCAUACCCCUACAGUUGGCUGAAGCAUGUAAUAGAAAAACGCCGAAAAAAUUUGCAAUCCAAUGACAAUGAGGGGCCUCCUAAGAAGCCGAAUUUUACACAUGAGGCGCAUUAUCGGAAGGUAUCGGCUGCUUUUGACUAUUUGGAUGUAGUGAUGAGAGGAAUUAAUAGGGAAUUUUGUGAGACUGAUAACGCGAUAAAAGAAAUUGUUGUGCUAUUUGGCACAAGCCCGAUUUGUAGUAAAGAAGUAUUUACUAUAACAAUUCCCAAUCUUGCAAGAGGACAUAUAGAAAGAAAUCAUGUAGCUCAAUUAAAUAAAAAUUUACAGAAAGUGCUAAGAACCAUCUUCCUAUCACAAUCAUGGAUGGACUCGAUUGAUGCUACAGUUUCUUGCACAAAUACUUACAUAUACAUAAAAAAACAAGUUAAAGUAGACAGCGCCUUUGUUAGCGAAGGAUUUGAGUAUAGUCAGCCCCCUCAAAUAUCUCAAAAUACAAAACAUUUUAAAUUUUGCAUAAGCUAUAACCCAAGUGAGAGCACCAACUGUUGUGACGAUUUAGUGAUUUUUGAGGAAAAUUGUAUCGAGAGAAAAAAAGUUACACAAGGAAGUGCCUCUAACAUUGAAGAGCAUAUUGUGUGGUGUAGAUGUAGAGGACUAUUGAAAGGGUUUAAAGAUUGUUUUGUUAAUAAAGUUUCUGUUUGUGAACUAUGGUAAUGUUUAGGAUAUAGGUACUUUAAAAAUAUUUUACUUAGCUUUUUACAUAUUUUUUGUUUAUAUACUUUGAACUUUUACUUUUUAAGACAAUUUUAUGCUCAAAUAUGUACCUAUAUUUCAAUUUUGCAAUAUUUGCUGUAUAAAUUUACAAUUUUUAUAUUGGGAAGUAAUAAAACUGACUUUCUCACAUAA